CACGCCGUUCUUCGUUCUGCUUUUCUCCACCGCGGUCGGUUUUUUCACCGAGGUGAUUUUCGAUUUUGGUUUCGUAGUAGUUCGUAGUUUGCCCGGGCUGAUUCUGUUAUGGCCGAACGAUUCCGGUGUUGCAGCUGGUUGACGGUUGGCUGUCGAUUAUCCCGGUUCUGCUACACGACGAUUUAAGGAUCACAAUUGUUAAUGGCGAACACGAGUGAGAAACAAGUAAUAGUUUUCGCGGUGUAUGAAUUAGUCGAACAAAUGCAAGUACUGUUAACAAUGCUUAGUAGGCUCAUCCAUUUGCUUCUACGUCGCCGCCGGGUCAAUAAUAUUGUCGGUUCAUCGUAUAGUAUGAGGGGUAAGAUACCUGCUCAAGUCCGAAAUUUGACUUACAUAAUUGGAAAUCCGACAAUGGGUUCUGGAACGGUUACUUAGGUGUGUUGGAACAACACAUGGCUCUAAAAUUCCCCGGGACCGACAUUAAGGCGGAUCCUAUGAUUUUAUCAAAGCUUCACGUUUGGAAAAAACAAUAUGGCUCGCUUUCCCAAAUGCUUUCAACGUCGGGAUUUUGUUCGAAUGAGUCGGCGAACACCAUUGAUGUAAUCGACGAUCAAGUGUGGAACGAUUAUGUUAAGUUCGAUUCAAAUGCCCGGUUGAUGCGCUAUAAAUCAUGGCCAUAUUUCAAAGAUUGGACAAUCAUCUUUGGAAAAGAUCGGGCUACGGGGGAAAGUGCCGAGGCUCUCGCCGAUGCGAUCAACGAUAUAUCGAAACAAGAUAAAGAAGCGGGCGACGAUUCAAUGGGUGGAGACCACAUACCGCAACCUGCCAUGCACUCCAACGAGAAUGACUCGGAGAACAUGUCCUCAUUGCACGGUGAAGGUUACAUGUCUAACAUGCAAGGUGAAGGGACUUCAACCUCACAUCAAAGUAGGGGUAAAAAGAAAGGCAACAAGCGUUCCUGAACGAUGACCUCGAUGGCCGUAUCAUGGAUAUGAUGGCGGAUAUGACUAGGACUUUUGCGGAGACUAAAACAUGCCUAGGCGAGUUGGCCCACCGUAUCGGUUUUGAGCACGAUGCGUCAACUACACAUGUAAGAAGGUGUUGGAUGCCCUAUCGCCGUUAUGUUUAGGUGUCGAGGAUAAGAUUACUGUCGCUAAAGCCGUUUGCAAUAGCCCAACCGAUCUCGACAUUUUUUUGGAUUAAAUGAAACCGAAAAGGGGGUUAUGGUUCGAAUGAUCCUCGAAGGGCGCCUACUUCGGUUAGCUAGAAUAUCAUCCACUCACAAGGUGAAGAAACUUUUUCCUGUAUUCGGACCCUAUCUUGCGGCGUUAUUUGCAUUGAAGACAUUUCUGUUAGUUUUUCCGUAUGAACUUAUAAAUUUUGUGUAUUAUGGCCGAUUAUAUGUCUGUAAAUAUUCUGUUAGUUUGGAGCUACUAUGCCUAAAUGGUAAGCUGAAAAAAUAUUUUGUUAUUUAGGAGCUAAUGGUCAAUUUUAAACAGGUUCACGGGUUGUGUAAUAUUCCAAGGUUUUUGUCAAUAUGCGUGUGUUACAUUCACACUGCAACAGGUUAUAGUUGCAGGCCUUCGUGCAGAUUUUUGUCAAUACGCA